AUGUCCAAUAAAAAUGAUAAUAACAUGGACAAUACUCCCAAAACCUACGGCCCAAAGGCUACGGUGGCACAAAUUUUCGCUACAACAGCGCAGAGCAUUCUAUUAAUUGGAUUGGGCAUGGAAAUAGGAAUGCCCACAAUUGUUAUUCAACAUUUAUAUCGAAAUUCGGACAGUGAAUUCUCAUUAACAUUAAAUGAAGUGUCGUGGUAUGGGAGUAUAUUGUUUAUAUUUCAUCCGACCGGAAGUUUUCUAUCGGGAUUCCUGCAAGAGAGAUAUGGAAGGAAACGGUGCAUGAUUCUCGCCAACGUCCCCAGUAUUUUCGGAUGGAUAUUGCUGUACUACACACACUCCACAGGUUCACUUUACACGUGCACCGUGCUGAUGGGCUUGGGCAUAGGAUUCAGCGAAGCCCCGAUAUUGUCGUACGUCGGCGAAAUAACCGAACCGAGACUCAGGGGAUCGAUGGCUUCGUUGGCGUGUACAUCGUCUAUGCUUGGAGUGUUGUUGACUUACAUUUUGGGAUAUUUAUUCGAAUGGAGAACCGUCGCAUUGCUGAGUACACUUUGUCCGAUCACGUGCAUAUGCCUUGUGAUUUUGAUUCCAGAGUCUCCAGUGUGGCUGGUUUCCUAA